CAGUACACUCACCGUCAGUUUGGCUGCCACCACAACAAGCAUUAACAAAUCCUUAUUUGCAAUAUCUUCCCGUGGUUUUGCAAGUGCAGUAAUUGUUCACACAUUCAAACACCAGAGCUGCUGCUGAUUGAACACUCCCACAAAACUGUAUGUAUAAAAAGAGAAACCACUCUUCAUUACUUUUAUCAAAAGAGAAGUUCAUCUAAGGAACUUUGAAGAGUGAAAAUGGUGAAAUAUGAAGUGACCGUAUCCACUGGCAAUCUCGUUGGUGCCACCACUUUUAACAAUAUCUUCAUUAAGCUGGUGGGCACAGAUGGGGAGAGUGAACGCAAGUGGCUCAAGAGCAUCAAAGGGGCUGCAUCCUUCAUAAUGGGAACAGUGUCUAGUUUUACUGUGUCCUGCCCGCUCUCCAUUGGACAGUUGGUUCUGAUUGAACUAGAUAAACAGCCUCUCCCAUUGUUCCCUGAAGACUCCUGGUUCUCUGCCAAAGUGGUAGUGAAAUCUCCUGAGGGAUUCACCUACAACUUUCCCAUCUACCGCUGGAUCACUGACGGAGAGGUGCACCGCUUCAGAGAGGGAACAGCUCUGACAGUCUUUGUAGACAACCAUCAUCUUGGCAGGUACAGUCGGCAGCAGGAGCUGAAGCAGCGAGAGCACGACUAUCGCUGGGAUGUUUAUGUAGAGGGAAUACCUCACUGCAUAAAGGCAGAAACCCCUCUUUCUCUGCCCUGUGAGGUCCGCUUCUCCUUCACCAAGACUACAGAGUUUCUCUACACCGCAUCCACAGGGCUGACUGAGCUGCAACUGAAGGGACUGGCUAAUUCGAAGAAGAACUGGACUAAUAUUGAAGAUUUACGUCGGGUGUUCUGCUUCAAACAGACUGACAUAUCAGACUAUGUCCAGGAACACUGGAAGGAUGAUGAUUUUUUUGGCUACCAGUUCCUAAAUGGUACCAACCCCCUGCUGAUCCGACGUUGUGCAACUCUGCCCAAUAACUUUCCUGUCACUGAUAACAUGGUCUUCCUCCAUAGUCAGUGUAACUUGGCAGAUGAAAUGAAGAAAGGCAACAUAUUCCUGUGUGACUUCAAGCGUUUGGAUGGGGUGACAGCAAACACCAUCAAUGGGAAGAAGCAGUACUUGAUGGCUCCACUCGUGCUUUUCCACAAGACACCUGAUGAUAAGCUGAUGCCCAUUGCUAUUCAGCUGAAGCAGACUCCAGCAGUGGACAAUCCCAUCUUUUUUCCUACUGAUUCUGAGUACGACUGGUUGAUGGCCAAGAUUUUUGUGAGAAGUGCAGAUUUCAGUGAGCAUCAACUCAACGUUCACCUGCUGCGCACUCAUCUGCUGGCUGAAGUUUUUGCUGUGUCACUGCUGCGGAACGUGCCCAUGGUGCAUCCACUGUACAAGCUCCUCAUACCUCACACUCGCUACACACUGCAGAUCAACCACUUGGCUCGACUUCUUCUAAUAUCAAAGACUGGAGUUUUUACUCAAUUUGCAGCUUCUGGUGGAGAGGGUAUGAUGACAAUCCUGAAGAGAUCACUGUCCUCAGUGACCUACAGCUCCCUCUGUAUACCAGAGGACAUUGCUGAGCGUGGGCUGGAGGCUGUGCCCAACUUCUACUACAGGGAUGAUGGACUCAAGCUUUGGGAUAUCAUCCACAGGUUUGUGCAGGGAGUGCUCAGUUACUACUACAAGAGUGAUGCUGAGGUCCAGCAAGACUCCGAACUGCAGAAGUGGAUUCUGGACAUUUAUGAACAUGGAUUCCUUUCCCAAGCAUCCACAGGGAUUCCACAGAAAUUUACCACUGUGGUAGAGUUGGUCAAGUUUGUCACCAUGGUGAUCUUCACUGGCUCAGCACAGCACUCUGCGGUCAAUACUGGACAGUAUGACUACGGUGGCUGGAUGCCCAACACUCCCAUCUCUCUGCAACUUCCUCCACCAACCACAAAGGGGACGACAAGCGAGGCCACGAUGCUGCAGACAUUCCCUGACGUCGGCACAACAGUUCAGGGAAUGGCCACCAUGUGGCUACUCAGCAAGCAGUCCUCUGACUUUGUCCCUCUUGGCCACUACUCAGAGGACCAUUUCAAUGAGACGAUUCCCUGCAACCUGAUUAAGGAUUUUCAAGGAGAGCUUGAAGUGUUAAGCGUAGCCAUCAAAGUCAGAAACAAGAGUCUGGAAGUCCCGUACACAUACCUGGAUCCAUCAGUGGUAGAAAAUAGUGUGGCCAUUUGAGGAUCAGAAGGUGUGACCUCCUCGUCUGUUCAGUUUCAUAUUAACAAAAGAGCAAAAGGGAGGAACUGCAUGCUCUGUUUUUAAAUGAUACUAUAUUGCAAGAAACUAUGGCAUUUGACCAUUGUAUGCUAAUCUGUGAUUUUUAUACAUCUUACUUGAUUUAACUUUGGUAAAAAUAUACUCUUUUCAAUUAUAAUCUCAAAUGUUCUUCUUAUUCUGUCAAUGAAUAUUCAGGGAAUCUCAAAAGAAAUUACAAAUAAAAAAUUUAAAAUACAAAAUGUAAA